GUUGAGAUGGUGACGCCGUGGCCGGGUUUGAAACUAAAUCGGAGAUUCAGGGCCUGGAGUCUAGAAUUUUGGACAACAACACAUGCGUCUUAUCGAUGCACCCCCCCGCCCCUUUCAUCCGAGCUCUACUCAUUGAUCGUCCGACUUAUCUAUUGCCAUCUUGCCUUGGCCGUGAAACAUCUACUGCAGUUCUAUAUUUUCUAUCGCACUGCCAUUGUCCUUGGCACCCAUCUUGGAUAGACAGUACUUGCUUGGCAGGUAUUUGUUUUUUUUGUUUUUUUUUGUUUUUUUUUUUUGUUUCGGUCCCUCUGAGAUCAACCCCCCCCCCUUUUUUUUUUCUUCCCUUACAUCCUAUUAAACACGGGCGAACAGGUUAGAUGUAAAUAUGAUGGCAUUGGUGUGUAUUUGAUCUUCCAGAACAAAGUAGUGGCAGGCAUAACUCGGUUGACCCGAAACAUCGACAACAAAGAAA